GUCUAUCAUUUUCCUCCUCCCGGUGUGCACACAGGGAUCUAGGGCCGCCCUCGUCCAGAUGCUGAAACAGCUGGCUUAGCUCUCGCUCCUUUUCCUUUCCAGCUGUUUUCCCUCUUUCCCUUCUCCAUUCCCUUCUUCCACAAGCAGAGAUUCCUUGGUGGAGCCUGUCAAGAAACUUCACUCGAACCUUGGCACUGGCAUCCUUUUUCUUUUCUUUUUUAAGCGCUCCAGAAAAAUUCUCAGCACUCCAGGAAAUUUUGCCCUCUCAGCCUAACUCUUCAGAACUUCAGAACAAUCUGCCUCUCGCAAACUGGAUGCCUUGGGGUUGAAUUUCCUCCCGGGUUAAUUCUUCUUUCGCGUUCGGUUUUAAUUAAAUGCAGCCAUGGAGCAGUUCAAAAGUCUUUCUGCGAGUCUUUCUCCUUUUUUAUUGCCUGCUGGCAGGCAGAAGAAACAUAAAUAUUAUCCAAGCCCUGGAAAUUCAACCGGCAUUUUCCUGCUUUUAAUUCUUCUGGUGGUUUUGGAAGAUUCGUUUGCAAAAGAAGCCCAGAAGACCCAGGGAGACACGGCCCUACCUGGUGCAACCCUUGAAGUUAACUUGGACCUUCGAAAGGUGCCCUUCCCACCUCCGCCUCCUCAUCUCCGGAAAAAACGUUACACGCUGACGCCAGGACGUCUUAAAUGGGAUCAUUUCAAUUUAACGUACAAGAUUCUGUCUUUCCCCAAAAACCUGAUCGGCAAAAGCCAGACCAGGAAAGGGCUGAUCGCAGCUUUCCGCAUGUGGAGCGACGUCUCCCCGUUCACCUUCCGCGAAGUGUCAGGGAGUACCUCCAGCGAUCUCACAAUCGGUUUCUACCCCAUCAACCACACGGAUUGCGUGGAAUCGCAAAUCCACCACUGUUUCGAUGGGAUCACGGGCGAGUUAGCCCACGCUUUUUUCCCGCAGACGGGGGAGAUCCAUUUUGAUGACCAUGAGUAUUGGAUUGUCGGGGACACUCGGUUCAGCUGGAAAAAGGGAGUCUGGCUGACAGAUUUGGUUCACGUAGCCGCCCAUGAAAUUGGCCACGCGUUAGGUCUUAUGCACUCUCUGGAUCCCAAGGCCUUGAUGCAUGUGAAUGCAACCCUGACGGGAAAGAACACGAUCUCGCAGGACGAGAUGUGGGGAAUGUACCGGCUUUAUGGCUGCAAAGACCGACUGUUUAUAUGCCCAUCAUGGAGUCGGAAAGGAUACUGUCGAACGCGUCAACGGUUUAUGAAAAAACACUGCCCCUACAGCUGCGAUUUUUGCUUGGCGUUCCCCUUUCCGACGGCGAUACCCACCCCGCCGCCUCCAAGAAUGAAGACCAGGCUCGUCCCCGAGGGCCGGAACGUUACUUUCCGAUGUGGCCAGAAAAUCAUUCACAAAAAGGGGAAAGUUUAUUGGUAUAAGGAGAAGGAAUUGCUAGAAUAUUCCUAUCCUGGCUACCUGUUUCUGAAUGGCGACCACAUGAGCAUCAUAGCCAACGCCAUCAACGAAGGAACGUAUACUUGCAUCGUGAAGAAAAAGUCCAAAGUCUUGACCACAUAUUCUUGGAGAGUCAGGCUGAAGCAUUAAUGUGUGACUUGUGUGCAAGGACUUACAGACCCCCCCCCCCAAGUCACUCUAUGUUGGGUCCCCCUCCCUUUCCUCCCCUCUGUCCUCCUAUUGCACUUUCAACAGCCAAUCCGGACUCACAAAAAAAAUCAACCUUUCCCAGGUUAUCCCUUCUGGAAGGAGACUGCAGAAAUACUGGUUUCUUCUUCCACGUGUUUUUAUUCUUGGCCAAGCAUGAUAGGAUGUGUAGUCGAAGUCACGAAGGAGCCCAAGGGGAGGAGAAAUAAGACUACAACAUGAGCUAAAAGAGAUGCUUAUUUUUUUUUAAAAAAAAGUUGCUAACCGUUUUACAGUUAUAUUUUUCACCUACGUUCUGCUAUAAUCUGGAUCUUGGCGCUCUGUCACCAAGAUUGGUUUAUUAAAUUAAAUUAAAAGAAAUCUUUCCCAGAGCUGCUCAAGACGGCAUAUAUAAUAACACCCCUCCUCCAAUUUCACCCCCCCAAAUAAACAACUUGUAGUGUGGAGUUGGGAACCUGGGAUUUAUUCAAAACAGAAGUGCAACUAACAUUUUCUAGCCAAGGCUGUCAUCAUUCUACAAUUCAGUAAAAGAUCCCGGCACAGAAUGAAAUUCCUGGGCUGAGUUAUUUCCGCAAAGCAGACCUUACACGAAACAAGUUUAUAAGUUUCACAUACUACCUAAGAUCAUGUACUCCUCCAAAUUACAAGCUAGGUUUUCUGCCCUGUUUAGGGACCAAGGGGGAAAAAAAAGGAUCAAAAGAAUUCCUUCGUUAAACCUUUGCAUCUGUUAGGCAUUUUUUUAAAAAAAAACUUGGGUCAACAGCCUCUGAAAGAAUUUGCCAACUCAGGUAUAGUUUCUUGAAAGGUGGAGCACAGUUGAUCCUUCAGGAAUUUCAACAGAAAUGUACCCUUUUCGUCCUCCUGCUCAAAUAAAGCAUUUCCAUACUGA